GCAACUGCAGAUGGUAAUAAAGAGGAGAAGGGGGAGUAGUACUUUACCCUCAGCCUUAACCUAAAAUCUAAUCCAAAAUCUCCCUCUUUCAUCUUCCUUUAUUUUUUUCAUACCAUCCCACCCAAGGCACAACAUCAAAAUUUUUGAUUUUUCAUCUCUGUCAAAUUCAGAUCUUUUUGUACUCAUAUUCCAAAUUGUUUAGAUACCAAAAAAACAGUAUUUGCCCCUUUUUUUUUUUUUUGUUUUUGUUUUUUUGUUGUAUCUGAAUCUCAUCUACAAGGUCUAAUAACAUUCUCCUCGUUGUUUUACCCUCUUGACUACAAAAACAAUGUCGACUCAUCAUCAUCUGAGUGAGGAGGACCCAACAACUCCCACAGUAUAUUCAGCGCAACAACAGCCUCAGAGUGAGGCCGCCACGCCUACACAUGUCUCCGCCCACAGGCCCUAUCCUGAGGCUGCUGCCCAGUACCAGGAGGUUGUUCAGAGUGCUGAUCUUUUCUGGCAGACCCUCAAGGAUUUUCACAGAUCUUUUGGUACCAAGUUCAUGGUUCCCACUACAGGAGGAAAGGCUCUAGAUCUACACCGCCUUUUUGUGGAGGUUACAUCUCGUGGUGGCCUAGAAAAGGUGCACAACGCAUUUCUACAAGGUAAUCUCUUGAACUGGUGGCAGGUUAUUCGAGAUCGCAAAUGGAAGGAAGUGACUACAGUUUUCAAAUUCCCAACAACAAUCACCAGUGCAUCAUUUGUUUUACGGAAGUACUAUUUGUCAUUACUUCAUCACUAUGAGCAAGUUUAUUACUUCCGCAAGCAAUCCUUUCCAAUCUCAAUGGCUGAUCCUCUAAACAGCAGCCCCAUCAAUGGGUCAGCUACUACACCUGUUUUUCAGGACAGUGCCACUACGAAUGAUUUGCCAGUGAGCCCUAGAUUGCAGCCUGGCUGUUUGGUGACUGGAACUAUAGAUGGAAAAUUUGAUAACGGAUAUCUAGUUUCUGUGAAUUUGGGUUCUGAUGUGCUGAAAGGUGUCCUGUAUCAUAUUCCUAAUAAUGAGUCACACAUGUCUCGGAGUUCUAACGCUUCAGCUGUACCUCCUCCCCGUAACUGGAAGAGAUCCCAGCUGGCACUACGGGAUCCCUCUCGGCCCAAGCGAAGCCAGAGUGGUUACAACUUCUUCUUUGCAGAGAACUAUGCCAGGUUGAAGCCUUUGUACUCUGGUCAAGAGAGGGCCAUCAGUAAGAAGAUUGGUUUCCUAUGGAACAGACUCACAGAUGCUGAAAAACAGGUCUAUCAAGAAAAAGGCAUGAUAGACAAGGAGAGAUACAAGACUGAAAUGUUGGAGUACAGAUCCGCAUAUGAUUCAAAACCUCAAUAGUCCCCAUCUUGUGGGGUUACCCAUUCAGGACCUCAUCUCUCUCCAUUUUGUUGUUGUUGCUGCUACUGUUGUGUUGUCUCCAUUAUGUUCUUUACAAAGAUUACCCGAUAACAUGAUUCCUAUGCCAAAACUAUUGGUCUUGGAAUCUGUAAAUGGUCUAGGGAAUUUUAGAUUCAAUCUGGAUCAGUGGAAAAUUAGCUCAGCUUAUAUACACUGCUAGAAUCAGAGAAGUCAAUGAUCUGGUUCCCUUUGUUGUCGUUUUUUUUUUUCCUAAUUAUCAACCUCUGUUGGCCAAAAAUGCAACUUGUUUUUUGUCGUCCAAUAUUUAGAAACAAAAUGUCUGAA